UUCUGAAGUGCUUUGAUUGGCAUAACAUAUUCUUUUUCAUUCUACAUCUUUUCGAUUGUUGAAUUUCAAUCCGAUUGAAGCAAGAUGGUUACUGCCGCUUUAAGUGAAGAGCCCACGUACGCCUACUUCUUGGGAUGCACGGGCGCUGCAGUUGCGAUUAUAUUCACGACCUUGGGAGCGUCUUACGGAACAGCAGUUUCCGGUGUCGGAAUCGCCAAGAUGGCGGUCAACCGACCGGAUAUGAUCAUGAAGGCCAUCAUUCCGGUCGUCAUGGCGGGAAUUAUUGCGAUCUACGGAUUGGUGGUAUCCGUUCUGAUAGCCGGAUCGAUUGGCGACGAAUAUACGAUGGAAGACAGUUAUGUGCAUCUGGGCGCCGGUCUGUCCGUCGGACUACCAGGACUCACCGCAGGAGUAGCCAUUGGAAUCGCAGGCGAUGCAGGAGUCCGGGGAACCGCCGAACAGCCACGCCUCUUUGUGGGCAUGGUCCUGAUCCUGAUCUUCGCCGAGGUUCUGGCUCUAUACGGCCUCAUUGUGGCCAUCUAUUUGUACACUAAACUAUAAAUACUUCCUACGUAU